CCUGUUUCAUAUAUACCCUUGGUUACCUUACUUGAUAUUGCAUAUUUAUGUUGAACAUAAACCAAAACAGUAGCUGGGACGGAAGAGAUAGCAAAAAAGGAGGGCCUCUCGCCCUCUCUUCUUAUUAUGCCUUCUCUUAGAUCUUAGAUUCUACACUUCCCACCUGGGUCCUUUUCAUUUCGAGUGGGCUCAUGGAUCCUGGCAAGCUUUUUAUUGGGGGUAUUUCGUGGGACACAGAUGAAGAUCGACUUAAACAGUAUUUUCAAACCUAUGGAGAAGUGGUGGAGGUGAUGAUCAUGAGGGAUCGGAACACUGGCCGUGCUCGUGGCUUCGGUUUCGUCGUGUUUUCUGACCCUGUUGUUGCAGCUAGAGUUGUAUUGGAGAAGCAUGUUAUUGAUGGAAGAACUGUUGAAGCAAAGAAGGCUGUUCCUCGAGACGAUCAGAACAUUUUGAGCAGGAACAAUACCGGUAUCCUUGGGUCACCUGGCCCGACUCGCACAAAGAAGAUAUUUGUAGGGGGUUUGGCAUCAACGGUUACGGAGAGUGACUUUAAAAAAUAUUUUGAUCAGUUUGGAACGAUCACAGAUGCCGUGGUGAUGUAUGAUCACAAUACUCAGAGACCGAGAGGCUUUGGAUUUAUCACAUACGAGUCGGAGGAAUCGGUGGAGAAAGUGUUAUACAAAACAUUUCAUGAACUCAAUGGUAAAAUGGUUGAGGUUAAGAGAGCUGUUCCAAAAGAAUUAUCACCAGUGCCAAACCGAAAUCAAUUAGGUGCAUACCCUUACAGUUUUGGUAGAGUUGGUAGCUAUUUAAGUGGUUAUAAUCAAGGAUAUAACACAACCUCAGUUGGGGGAUAUGGACUGAGAUCUGAUGGUAGGUUUAGUCCUGUUACGGUCGGUCGGGGUGGGCUGUCUCCAAUUAGUCCUGGUUAUGGAAUAGGUGUAAAUCUCGACGCAGGGUUGAACCUCAACUAUGGGACCGGUCCCAAUGGCAGUUCUAACCUCAUUUACGGACGGGUAAUGAGUUCUUCCUAUGGUGGAAAUUUAAAUAGGUAUGGUAGUCCAAGCCCCAUGGUAUAUGGCGGAGGCAGUGGAGGUAAUGGUUCUAUUUUAAGCUCGUCGGUUCAGAAUCUGUGGGGAAAUGUCGGUAACUCGGCUGGUACAAACGCCUCGCACCUGAGGACAUUUCCUGGCUCUGGUGGUGUGCAUACGGGAACGAGUUCAUUGAACGGUAUUGGAGGGCUUUGGGGUGUAGGUCAUGGCGAAAACACGGGUUCUUCUCCAUUCAAUGGUGCUGGUAACGUCGAGUUUGGAAACGGAGGAAGCGUGGUAGGUUAUGGUAGAAGCAUUAGAAGCAAUGUUUCUUCAGCUUCUUUGUACUCUGCACCAAAUAUUUAUGAUGAAGUUCAUGGGAAUAAUGAAGAAGGAAACUCAUUUUAUGGGCAUUCAAGUUGGCAGUCAUUGCCCACAGAGCUUGAGGAUUCUUCCUCAAUUGGGUUUGGGCUUGGCAAUGCAGCUUCAGAUGUUAUUAGUAGAAACAAUGCUUCUGGUUAUACCGUUGGAUAUGGUGUUUCUAAUACACAGUCGAAUAGAGGAAUUGCUGCUUAGGAAGAAGAAGAUAGAAGCAACAGAAAUCAAGAGUUUUAUAAUAGUAGGUGAUGAUGUUUUUGGUAAUUGUGAUACACUCCUCCUCCUCCGCCUCCUCCUCCUUCGCCUCCUCCGCCCCCUCCUCCGCCUCCUCCUCCCAUAUGACGAUAUGAUACUGUGAGAGCUAAUUUGUUUUCUGUUUUGAGAAAGUGUCCCAUAAAAGAAAGCAGGUUCCAGAGGGUUUGGUUUUUGGGUUGAGCUUGAAAAUAUAGGUCUUUUCUUCCUUUCUUUACUUGUAAUUUGAUUUGAUUGAUAUGUAUAAUUGGAUUGUGGGUAAGGUAUGAUCAUACGUUACUCCGACAAAGAAACGGUGUCACACGAACGAAUCGACAUCAUAUUUUUUCUUCUUUUCUUUGGUUUCGGGUUCGUUUUAGAACAACUCGUUCAGGCUUUCUUCUUGUUGUUUCAUCUCUUGUUAUUAUUAUUAGCGGUUCUGGGUUUUUACUUCUCAUGUGAUUGAUUGUAUGAAACUGAGGUUCAUUUAUUUAGAGAUAUAUCAUACUCUCC